UAUAAAAUAGUAUAAUAUUAUGUACAUUUGUCAUUUUAGCAUAUCCCGAUAUGAUAAAUGAACUGGAAAUAACUCAAGAUGAGCAAACAAUUCAAAAAGAAAUUGCUCUAAAUAAAUCACCUUUUCAACAAGAUCAUAGAAACGUAAUCCAUGUUGAUGAUGAGUCAACAAACGAACACACCAUCGAGAAAAUGUUGAAAAAAUCCCUUGACAUGUUUAUCCAAAAUUUAAUGGAAAUCUUUAACAUAGGUGUUAAGGAUAAAAAAUUAUUAGAUCUCAUCGAGUCUGAAAUGAUUUUGAAACUUCCUGAAUUGCCUAAAAACAUACCGUCAUCGAAAACAUCAAAAGAUGAAAUGCAGAAUGCGGAAAUGGAAGUUCCACUAUUCACGCCGCUAGAAGCAGCCACUGUAUCUUCCGUCCUCGAGGAGUGUUUAAACCGGCUCGCCAUAAUCGGAUUCAUUAUACCAGCCAACGUCGACCCACGCUGGGAUGACUCGUUCAAGACAAUCGACGAGACAUAUGGGGUAUCUGAUGAACCUGAAAUUAUCUUCAGAGAAGACAUGGGCCUGUUACCAAUUGUACCCACGAAGGCUGAAAAAUUGCAGAGGGAAAGGUGCGCAAAAACACUCAUAUAUGUUUUAUAAUAUACUUAUGCAAAAGUAUACUCUACAUUCUAAUUGCUUUGAUGACUAGCAGAUGUAUAUAAAAUUCAUUAAAAAACCGUCACAUGAUCUCAGAAAAUAAUACGUUAUUUCGAGAUUAUCAGGGCUCUGUAUAUAUUCAAGUCUUUCGCGAAAAUAUUUUGGUACGUUACUGUCCCAGUAAUCCCUUUAAAAAUAAGAAUCUUUGAAAAGAAAGAUGCUCUUUGGACAAUCGCACUAAUUUGCAUCCCCUUCUCUAAUAAAUCUGCAUUUAGAAACUAUGUAUAUGAAGUCCUAAAAAAAGUCCUUCACGAAAUAAGGAACCACAGAACAUUUGACAGUCUACAAAAAGAGGUUGAUAAUAUCGCGAAGAAACUUGAAGGCGAACGUAAUCUUGAAGAAAGCGCCCAGAUGUGGCUCAGUCAAGCUGAACAACUUCGAGAGCAACUAGAAUCCGAUAAAAAAGCGAACGAGGAAGACAGGAAAAACACUAUAAAUCUCGCGCAGGAAAGCGACGCGCGAGUCGAUCACGCGAUAUUCAUAAAUAAUGGAAAAUUGGGUAACGCAUAAUCCAUAUAAAUGCGUUUCAUAGUGUUCUGAUUGAGUACAUUGCAUUCAGGCUAUGCGGAAAAAUGGGCGAAAGCUAGAUUGGAGCAGCUGGAACUCAAACUGAAUCUACAAAACAAAGAUAUGCUGAACAAAUUGAGUGAAUAUUCAAAGGAGUACAAUGCGGAACAGGCUAUUUCGGCUGAAAUACAUACUUAUUUAGAAGCAGACAUCAAAAAGAAAGAAGAGCAGAUAGAUAUGUGGACGAAGAAAUAUAAUGAGGAGCUUGUGGAACGACAGGAAGAAAUCGAUGAAUUAAAGGUAUAUUCGAAGAUUAACGUAAUAA